GUUAGAGUUUGAAGUACUUUACGAUGUACCUGGAUUUGUCUCAGAGGAUAACCUGAACGAAGAGGAGUAUGAGUCUGCUAGCUUGCUUCCUCCUACUGGUGUUUGUCAAAAUGAAGAGAAGAACCAUUCCACAGAAGAACUUAGCAAGUCUGAAAUCCAGGAGGAGCUGAAAAAGGCUAAUAGCCUUCCUAGUUUAACUCCUGGAAUCAAAACAGUAGAUAAAGACAAGCAACCCCGAGAAGGCUUUUUUCAUUUUCUUGGAAGCUUAUUUAAUAUUGCAACAAAAUCUUCUUUGGCGGAAGCUAAACCCUCUACCUUCCAAGAUGAACGCAACAGAUGUGAAAAGGAUUUACAGAGCACAAAUACCCUUCCAGAGGACACACGGCCAAAGUGUCCAAAAAUUGAAGAGCCUAUCUGUUCUACAGCUAGACUAGAAAAGGAUUCUGUAAAUAAGGAUGAUGCCACCUUAAGUAAUAUUGGGAAGAAUGUCUCACAGGAUCUACAAGGAUGCUGGAAACGACCUGCAGAUGCACAAAAGCAGAUGCAACGGAAGCCAGAAGCACCCGCAGUCACUUAUGCAACGUAUCGAGGUUCUGCACGGAUUAGGCAACUACUGAAGAAUCAAUCAGAAAUGGCUAAAAAAGAAGAAGAAAGUACUGAGAACAGAAAUGAUUCGGUGAUCAAACAAAAUGGAGAAAUCCAAACAACUGUCUCUCCAAAAUCAAGACACUUAAUAAAAGAAAAUGGAGAAGAUCAGGGUAAAGAUCAUGAAGAUGAUGUCACAGUAAAUUCUUCUGCAGUUAAAAUGGGAAUGAAAAAGGCUGGUAAAGCUCAACAUUGCUUGGGUAGCAGUAAACAUGAAAUAACUGUAAAGACCACAACAUCAUUUGCUGAUUUAUCUUGUGAGGUAGAGUUAAAACAUAUGCCUGCUUUAGCUGCAACAAAAGUUAAAAGGACGUGUUCACUAGAUUCAUUACUAUUAUCUAGAAGUAGAAAUAGUGAGAUCUUAACCAAUUCCACUUCCCAGAUUACCCAUUCCCUUAACAUGAGUUCUGCAAGCGAUUUGGUUGGAAAAGAAGUUGGACUGUUGGGAGAAGCAGAAGCUCAGUUUCAAGCAGACAAAAAUGCCACUUCUAACUUUGAUAAAGAAGAACAUUGUAGUAAAGCAGCUGAUAAGAAGUCCACAAAAGAAAUGCAGGAUUGUUGUUUACAUUCACCCAAAUCAAAAAAUGAGACAGUUAAUGAAGAACUACAGGUGAGUAAGGGAGAAUAUUGCUGUAAUUAUCAAAUGGAUAGUCACUUGGAGCUGACAUCGGAUGUCCAGAUGCUCCAUUGCAGUACCACUACGUUUCAGCACCAGGCAGAUCAGCAUACAGGUAGUGUAAAUAAAGACAGCAAUCGAAGAAAAAGUGAUACACAGAAAAUUGCAGCAGCUAUAGAAAGAGAGCAAAGCCCACAGAACUUUUUUGCCACUGUUGUUUUACCUUUUAAUGAACAAAUACCCACUUUACUUAGCAUGGAGUGCAAAGGAGAAAAAUGCAUAGCCACGGGUAAUCUAAUGGCUACAAUGUCAUCUAUUAAAAAUGAUGAAGAUCUAGUCAUGGACAGGGGGACUUGUAAUGAAGAACUGGGUGAGUUAGGGAACCUACAAAAUGAUCACCAAUUAAUCCACAUGGAGAAUUCUAAGGAUACUGCCACACAGCAGUCUGGUUUACCUUGUAUGGAAACUGAGGGUGUGGAAACAACGAAGGUUUUAUCUGAGGAUGCAGUGGAAAACCUUGCCAAUGUAUCGUCACGCAUACAUGGGUGUGAAAAUGUGAAAUUUAACUUUGAUGAGCUGACAGAACCUCUCUCUGCUACUUUCAAGUCAUCUUUUGAAACUGGAAGCUAUUGCUCACCUUCUCUUGAUCCUAGUUGCAAGUCUGAAAAUAAAACUAUAGGGAAAAGAGAAGUCAGUGUAAAAGAAGUGACACAGACUGUUUCUCGUCCUGAUCUUGAAUAUGAGAAGAGCAAAUCCUUUCAACCUGUAGAGAUGAGCCUCUCUGUUCCUGUCCAUGACUGUGGUCCUGUCUCCCUUGAAACUGUUCAAGAUGUUCCUGCCAAGGCAUUAGCUACACUCAUGGAAGAUGACACAGCAAAGCCUGCACUUUGCCCUUUAAUCGCCGUUAACAGAACAGACAAUUGUAUUCCUGCUCCUUCUAAAAUCGACAAGACUGGUAUGACUGAGGUUGCUCUUGUUUCUUCUGAGUGUAAAGAUUGCAUCUCUGAACUUUCCUCUCAUAAUUCUGAGUCACAAGAAGAAAAUCUGGAGGUUUUUUAUUCUGCCUUGAGAUACGGAGAAAGACCCCUGAGCAACCAUUCUGUUUUCAUCUGUGAAAAAAACGUUAGUGUAGACAGCAUUUCUGAAUCUUCACCUGUUUCUGAAGAUAGACUUACUAAUUUUUCUUCCAAAAAGGAAAGCAGUCAUAAGCAUAGAAUAUCACCCAUAGUACUUGAUUCUUCAUCUGACAGCCAAGGAAAAAUGCCUUCUCCUGCCGCCAACUCUGAAAAUGGUCAGACUGCUAGAUGGUCUGCUGAUUCUAAACAGGACAACCUUAUUUUUCCAGCUGCUGAGUCUACGAGAAUAAUCCCUGAGGACAAAGUGACUGAGGUGUCACUUUGCUCAGGAGACCCGAGAGCUUUGUGCCCAACUGGUUGUCUGGAACCUGAGCUUACUCCAGCUGUGCUUGAUUGCUCUGAUGCUGGAGUAGAUGUGUGGGGUGUUUGCAUCCCCAGCCCCUCUUCACCUACUCUGGGAUCCAGAGAAGCCUCUGACCUUUCCGUUUCUGCCUUGGAAACAUUUGGCGUUGCUCAGGGGAACAGUCAUUCCUCCACUCACAGAGCUGGCAAGACAGAGGUAAUGCCAUCACCCAUCUGUCCUUGGACAUCUUUGGAAAUGACAUCUGAGUCAGUGUGUACUGAGCAUGUGUGCAGAAAUUCUGUGGGACAGGUGAAUCUUGGUAACUGUGCUUCUGCUAUCUCGGAAGCCCCUUCUGCAGCAGAUAAAACAGCUGCUGCAUCUGCAGAGUCAAAUGAGUUCUUUUCUGUGGAAGUACAGGAAGAUACUGAUAUCAAGGGACAAGAAUGUGCUAAAUUCCAAGAUGCUGCUGUUUUGUUUAAAAAAGCUGAGGAAAUAGUGGACUCAGUUUUACACUUGGCUAUAGAAGAAAUCAUAGCAAAACAAGCUGUCUGUGUCUGCCAGCUUUGUGGGAGCAAGGAUGGUUUAAUAAAUACAGAUAUUCUAAAUGAUCAGAAAGCUGGAACUGUACAGCUGGAAGCAGAAGAAAUCCAGUCAGCUGUGCAGUCAUUAAAACAUUUUAAUGAGAGCAGUGGAGGAGGCUCUUCUUCAUUUACAGGAAGUGAAACAGUGGAUACAAAUAAUCAAGAUGAAAAGAUACUAUCUUACAUCCCUGAUAAAAUUGACCUACAUAGUGUACUAGCACUAAAAGCAAAAGAAAUAAUUGAUGAAGUAAUUAACUCAGCCAAACAAAAACUGGCAUCCAGUCAGUGGCAAGGCAAUGAGAAUAAAAUGCCCUCUGAAAAGAUUGAGCUUAAGGCUGAAAGCCCAAAUAUUUUAAACCUGGAUAUGAAGUUAGCUGCCAAAACACAGGAACCAACAGAGAAGGCAGAAACUCAGAGUGUGGCUGUAAAUUGUGAAAAGGCAGAUGGCUCAGGUCCUCCUUUACUUCCAAAUAGUAUGGAAAAUGGCAUAGAUUGGCCACAAAGAGGUGAAAAGACACCAAAUAAUGCAUUUGCAUGUCAAACAAAUGGAUUUCUACCCACUGGUAGUUCAGCAAGGCCAGAAUCAGAUCUUAUGACACCAGCUGAAGAGAGACAUGAUAGAAAGGUGUAUGAAUAUCUGGCUGCAGCAGAGUUGUGUGGCAAAGCUGGAGUAUCAACAGCUAGUAGAAAAUCUGAUGGAUCUUUAAAUUUAAUACAUAGAGAUGCUACUGUCACUGAAGAGAUGAUUCUGUCAUUGCAGUUAAAAGAUGCAUGCAAUAAUACAAAUAUGCCAGAGUGCACAUUGCUGCCAACUGUAAAUGUUAAUUUGCCAUCUUUCAUGCCUGAUGAAGAAUGUAUCACCGCACAGAGUGAAUCUGAAGACCAAAGCAGUCCUUGGGGUUCUCUGGAAAGCAGUGCAGGGGACGAUCUGUAUGAACAGUGCAGAAGAGAGGCUGCAGAAGUACCUGCACAAGUACAAUCAUCCUUAGAAGAUUCAAAGGCAGUGGAGCGUGAGGAGGAGCAAGCAGAAGGGGCAAGUGAGAUAGCAGAGGUUAAAAGUGGAUUAAAUACACAGUUCACUGUACCUGAAUUGUCUGUUGUUGGAGAGGACAGUGAAGGAAAAAACUGCUUCAAUGCAGUCUUUUCCCAAAAUAAUGAAAAUCUGAAGCAGGUACAAAUGAAGGAUCAAGACAUGAAGAGAAGUGAUCAGCUUGAAGAAAAUGGUCAGGACUGUAGUGAUGACAUGAGGGAUUUGACAGAUCUUUUGGCCUUUUCUCCACUAAUUGAACAGUGGGAAAACAGUUCUUUUACUAUAAUUUAUGAAGGUGCCCUUCAAACUGAGAACAAAUCUGUCUCAACUGGUGAUAUGCAAACUGAUUCGCUUUCUUCUUCUGUUCUGCCUUUGGAUAAUAUAGAUGAUGUAAUGUGUGAAAGAGCAAAGAAUAAACAUGAGCCAGCCUGUUUUUAUGGGAAGGAUAACAAGUUGAAUGAAGCAACAGAUAGCAGUAGUUCGGAGUCAUUUUUGAGUGUGGAGGCCAAGCGCUAUAGAGUAUAUCCUUUCUCUUUGUCUCCAAUAUACGAAGACGACAGCUCCCAAGAAGACUUACUUUCCACAGAUGUGUCACCGGAAGGCCAUCCUAGUGGAAUACCUAAAGAUAACGCAGACCACACUUCUGUGCUUUCCCUUCUUCAGUCGGUUUCUGAGCGCUUACAGUUUACUACUCAGUUCAGUAAAGAGGAUGAGGAGGGAAUGGAGGACGAGGAGGAGGACGAAUUGUCAUAUGAAGAAAAUGUACUUGAUACUGAGAGAGAAGAAGAAUAUCUUUCCAGUCAGUGGAGAGGGGACUUAAAAACAACCCUUCAAUCAAGUGACCAAAAUAGAUCCUUGUUUCCUGAACAAUCACCUCUUCUUUCAAAAGAACAGCUUGAUUCGAAGGAGCAACCAAAACUGUUUCCAGAUGUGGCUUCUCCCAGUCAAACACCCUGUAAGCCAGUUUCACAGAAAGCUGAUGCUCCUAUAAAGCGUCCUCCUACAAGUGUGUACUACCAGUAUUUGAAAUCUGACAGCAAUUGCUCCUCUGAGAAGGGGACCAGGUUUGGGAGCAUUCUCCAGGAUAUGUUGCAGCCAAAGAUUCAUUGGUUUCAAGACAACACCAUGCCAAAACUGGGAGAAUUGUCAGUGAACCUCAUUGACAGGACAAGUCUCAAAUACAACCCAAGACCGGGAAAGAUUAUUAUUUAUGAUAUUUAUGGCGACAAAAGUAAACAAGAAGUUCAUUCUGAUGUGCUAGAUACCACAUCCUGGAUCUUUCCUAUCGGAGCAUUACUUAGGAUCAUUAGAGGAUGUUGGAUUUUUUAUGAGAAACCAAAGUUCCAGGGUCGGAAGUAUGUACUAGAAGAAGGAGAGACUGUGCUGGAUCACCUUUGGGAUCUUCCAGGCGUGAAACAUCUUCGAAGAAACCUCACAGUUGGUUCAGUCAAACAUGUAACAAAGGACUGUGGCGUUCCAGAGGUAGAGUUCUGCCUGGGAGCCAGAACUGAGGGACCUCCUAUCUGCAUACAGAGUGCAGUUGCCAAUUUAGAAGAAUUGGAUGUUGAGAAAAGCCCUUAUAUAAGUGUCAAAUCAGGAGUAUGGCUUGCUUAUUCAGACUUUAAUUACAAAGGAGAGAUGAAGGUUUUGGAAGAAAGUGAUUCACCGUCUGAAAUUCCUUCAGCAGAUGUGAAAUCUCUGCGUCCCUUAAAAAUGGGUGGACUAAAGGUACAAAUGCCAAUGAACGUCAAGCUAAUAAUAUAUGAAAAAAACCACUUUGAAGGAUGGUCCAAAGAGUUUUCAGAAAACAUCAGUUCUGUCCCAGUUCUGUUUGGUAGUGAAGAGAAGGUUCAGGAAAUUGGAUCAAUACGUGUAAUUGGUGGAGUAUGGGUUGCCUAUGAUAAGGAACGCUACAAAGGCCGUCAGUACUUACUGGAGGAGGGAGAUUAUGAAGACAGACACUCGUGGGGGGGAACUGACAGUGUUCUCCUGUCUUUCAGGUUCCUUCAGGCAGAUUUUAUAGAGUCAUCAGUGUCACUUUUUCAGUCUGAUGAUGAAGAUGGGAAAGCAUUAGACAUCAUCAAUGAAGAAAUCCCUGAUUUGGAGCAGGCUGGAUUUGGCCCAGAGACAAGGUCAAUUCUUGUCAGAAGUGGAGUGUGGGUCGCGUAUCAGCAGAAAUAUUUCUGUGGAGAACAAUACGUGUUGGAGAAAGGAAAAUAUAAAUGUUUCUUUGACUGGGGAGGAUCUAGUAAAAUCAUCAUGUCAAUUCGACCUAUUAAGUUGGAACCGCUUGGAAUGAAUGAGCCUCCACAUUUGCUCAAAGCUUUCAGUAAUACACAUUUCCAAGGAGCAUGCAUAGAUUUCACAGCAGAAGUUUCUGAUUUUACAUCAUUCAUACCAUGUUCUUUUAAGGUUCUUCGGGGUUGUUGGCUCCUGUAUUACCAAGGGGAAAUCACUGACAAUCACUGCGUGCUGGAAGAAGGCCUCUACAUUGACCUCAAUUCCUGUGGCUGCCCGACUGCUACAAUCAAAUCCCUCAAGCCUAUUCAAUAUGUUUUUGCAGAGCCCUCCAUCAGUCUGUUCGCUCUGGAAUGCUGCAAGGGCAGAGAGCUGCACUUCAGUGGACCUGUCAAUUCUGUUUUGAAUGAGGACCUUCAUUUUUAUACUCAAUCUGUAUGGGUGAGAAGUGGAUUGUGGAUUGCAUAUGAAGGAUGUAAUUUUUUAGGAAAGCAGAUUCUGUUGGAGCCCAGUGAGAUUUCAAACUGGAAUGAACACAGUGGCUGGAAAGUAAUUGGCUCCCUUCGUCCUGUGAAGCAGCCAGCAGUGUACCUCAGAGUGAAGAACCGAGCCCAGGGUAAAUAUCUGACAGUCGCUGGAAGCCUAGCAGAUAUAAGAGCAACAUCAGUGUGCGCGUCCCCAUACAACGGCAAGAACACACAGAUCUGGCACUACUGUCGUGGGCUCUUCAAAUCCAAGGCUAACAAUGCCUGUCUGGAUGUCAUUGGUGGCAGAGAUGUGCCUGGGGCCAAAGUCGCGCUCUGGGCAGAACAUGGGAAGGACAGACAAAAGUGGAGACUCAAUGAGGAUGGAACCAUCAGUUCAUACCUCAGCGACCAACUGGUGCUUGAUAUUAAAGGAGGAAAUUAUUAUGACAAGAAUCAUAUCGUUAUGAAUCAGCCGACAGAUGACAAACAUUCACAAAAAUGGGAUAUUGAAAUAUUGUGAGUAAAACCCACCACACAGAUGGACUUUGGGGGGGUUAUUAACAC